AUAGCCCAAGAAAAGUCAUUGCUUCCUUUCUGUAACGUCACUUCCGGUCUGUUGAAGCGUGGGCUAUAAAGAAACGCCGCUAGCAAACUAGCAUAGUUAAAGAACAAUGGCGGCUGAUGACAAAAUGGACGAUUACCCUUACGAGAUAGAUGAUCAGUUGAAGGGGUUUGACUCGUCUGUUUCUACUGUCAAAAACAUGUUGGACAAACUGAUGUCAAUGCCCAGGAAUGAGCUGAUGCAAAAGCUGGAUCCUCUGGACCAAGCCAAACUGGAUUUGAUGUCGGCUUACACUCUCAAUUCUUUAUUCUGGAUGUACUUGGUCACACAGGGCAUGAAUCCCAGAGAUCAUGGAGUCAAACAGGAACUGGAGCGAAUCCGAACGUACAUGAACAGAGUGAAGGAGAUCACCGACAAGAAGAAAGCGGCCCGCUUGGACAAAGGAGCGGCCGCACGCUUCCUGAGAAACGCCUUUUACGAUCCCAAAGAAAAAGGCUCCAGGAAAAAAGGAGCAGCGGCGGCAGUGUCCAACAAGAAUUCAGACGCGACGCCGUCAAAGCGUGCAAAGAAGAGAUGAGUUAGAAGAAGUCUCACUGCUGUGGAUUAAAACCAUGUAGUGUAAAUACAAGUCCAGAUUUUAAUGUAAAAUGGCGUUGUAAUAGCUUUGUUAAAAUGUUUCUAAUUAAGUUUACCAUGUAGUGGACUUAAGACCAGUUCUGUAUGUAGUAUGCCAUUUUUCCUUUAUGCAAAUGAUAUCUCUGCUUCAAGUGAUUCUGUGAAUCCAUAUUUUUAUUUGACAUUGUAUGCAGUGCUCAUACUUGUAUGCAGUGUUCUCAAGGGUUGACACUUGGUAUAAAAACAUACCGGUACCUUUU